AUGGCGGCGUCACUCCCGCGACCCAGGAGUCGGCUCUUCCGAACGUACGGAGCUGCCGGCGGCUGGGAGCCGCGGGGGCGGCCGGGCCGGGCAGCCGCGCAGUGGUUCCAGCCGCAGGGCCGGCAGUGUGUGUUCAGCAGCAGCAGCAGCAGCGACGGCGGCCCCUCGUCCUCUGUAGCCUCCGAUGAUCCUGACGACCCCGACUUCUCCUGCAGCCCGGUGGGUAGACGGCGAACGCGCGCCGGGAGUCGACGCGCCCGGGACCAGCCUAGCCUGGUCGUGACUCCCAAGCGCCGGAGGCUGCGAGCCCGGCCCCCGCUGAAGUGCAGCACCCCCUACGGCCCGCUCGGCCCGCCGCCCUUCCCCAGCUGUAACCCGGGCCGCCUCAGCCGGGACCUCAGUGGCAGCAGACAGCCCAGGGACGGCGGCGACCUGGGCACCAGCGCCUCCCUGUUCAGUUCUCCGGCCUCUCCCGGCCCCGGCCCUGGGUCCCCAGCGCCAGGAGACGGCAGCAUCUGUAUGGACCCCUCCGCCUCUCUAGAUGAAGCCUCGGAAGUUUCGAGCGACUUCCACUUCCCGGCAGCCACCCUGAACCAAUCGCCUCUCCCCUGCUCCCAGGACGCAGCUACAGGAGGAGGCAGGUUCGCCAGGUUGGCCUCUCAAGCCCGUGCCAGCCUCAGGUCAGCUCUCUUUGGUUCUGUGGACUCAGGAAACUCUGAGGAUUCGGAGUUUGGGACUGAUAGGAAGAAUAUGAGGGGUUCUUGCUGUGAGAGGAAACUGUUAGGAAAGAGACCGGAGACUCCAGGUUCAUCAAGCACCUGUAAGAGUCGGACCACAAACCAGGGCUCGUAUCAACGGACUGAGUCUCAAGGGGCUAUCCAGAUAGAAUAUGAGGAGGCCAAUGGUUGCAGGGGCGGUCUUGUACCUGGGGAAACCAACAGGCCUAAGAGAACAGGACCAAGACGGAAAAGGAAGCAUCAAGAGACAGAGGAAACCUCCCUCCAUUACCACGGGUCUGAAAAACCCCAGAAGAUGGCAAAUGAGUCACUCGGCAUCCAGGACCUGACUCUUAUGCUGAAUGCCUGCCCAUGGACCAAAGCCAGAGCUUCCUUCAGUUUCCACAAGAAGAAGAUUGUCACUGCUGUGUCAGAGGUGUGCAGCAGCAAUAGCAUUGCCAGUUCUCUCCCAGGGUCCCUCAUAGCAGAAUAUGCAAACCCUCCUGUCAUGGACAGAACAAACAGGGCUAUGUCCCCUUGGCACUCCUCUUCCAUGCAUUUGCUAACCCCCUUAAAGACACUACAUAUUGCAGAUAAAAAGGAAUUUGAUGCUGAAAAGGUUUAUGGGGAAUGCAACCAGGAAGGUCCUAUCCCCUUUAGCUAUUGCCUUCCCAGAGAAAAACUACAAAACUGUGAGAAGAUUGGGGAGGGGGUGUUCGGCGAAGUGUUUCAAAUAAAUGUCAAUCACACACCUGUAGCCCUAAAAAUCAUUGCUAUUGAAGGACCAGAUUUAGUCAAUGGAACCCAUCAGAAAACUUUUGAGGAAAUCCUGCCAGAGAUCAUCAUCUCCAAAGAGUUGAGCCUCCUGGCUGAUGAGGUAACCAAUCGCACAGAAGGCUUUAUUGGGCUGAACUCGGUGCACUGUGUUCAAGGGUCUUACCCUCCCUUGCUCCUCAGAGCCUGGGAUAACUAUAACUCAACCAAAGGCUCUGCAAACAACCGGCCUGACUUUUUUAAGGAAGACCAGCUUUUCAUUGUGCUGGAAUUUGAGUUUGGAGGGACUGACUUAGAGCAAAUGAGUAAAAAGCUGAACUCCCUGGGUACUGCAAAGAGCAUUCUACACCAGAUCACAGCUUCUCUCGCCGUGGCAGAGGCCUCACUGCACUUUGAGCACCGAGACUUACACUGGGGGAACGUGCUCUUAAAGAAAACCAGCCUCCGGGAGCUCCAGUACACUCUCAACGGAAAGACAAGCACUAUCCCCACCCUUGGGCUACAAGUCAACAUCAUUGACUACACCCUCUCGCGCCUGGAACGGGAUGGAAUUGUAGUCUUCUGUGACAUUUCCAUGGAUGAGGACCUGUUCACAGGUGAAGGUGACUACCAGUUUGAGAUCUACAGGCUAAUGAGAAAAGAAAACAACAACUGCUGGGGUGAAUAUCACCCUUACAAUAAUGUCCUCUGGCUACAUUACCUCACAGAUAAGGUUCUGAAACAAAUGACCUUCAAGAAGAAGAACACGCCUGCCAUGAAGCAAAUGAAGAGAAAGAUCCAGAAUUUCCACAAGACAAUGCUGAACUUCAGUUCUGCCACGGAUUUGCUCUGCCAGCACAGUCUGUUUAAUUAAGCCCAAGGUGCCUUACUACGCCAGACUGAGCAAGUACUAGUUGUGAAGAUCCUGUUGCUAUUUUCCAUCUCCAUCUCCAGAGCAAAGUGGAAUUUUUCCAUUCUUAACAUGUUUCUAAUCAGCUUUUCAAACAAGGAUUUUGCUUCCAAGUAGAAACUGAAAUGUUUUAACCUGUUAACAAAUGUUCUUUAGAAAUAAAUUACAUGAGAGCAAGUGUGUACAACUUGUAAGCCCUUUUCCUCACUUAGCAGAGUCCCUGCUGCAAAUUCCAUAUUUUCAUUUUUGAGUCUUGACACUUUAUGUGCAAAAGUAAAGUUCGGGGAAGCCCAAGGCCUCAUUUGCCAUACUGACCAGAGCCUGUUGCUGUGUCUGGUGAGGCUGGCGUGUCUGGUUGCUGUGUCUGGUGUGUCUGGUGAGCUCUGAGAUGUCAACCGAAGAGAAAACAGGCUAUAGUAAAGCUGAGACCAAAAAAGACAAGACUGGAGGGAGAGGAAAGGGGAGAUGGUAGGCAAUGUUUAGGGAGAAGUUCGAGAAACACCAUAUAUUUAUCAAGCUAGUUUGCCAAUCACAAGCAUAACUUAACAAUUUUCAGUGGAAAAAUAAAUGUCUCCAUAGCUAUAAAAGAUGAUUUGAAUUUUUGCUUAUUUUUCACCAAGGGAAGGAAAACCAAAUGUUUUAAAUGCUGUGUUGGAUAGUCCUUCUGAAUAUGGUUGUGGUAAUUUACUCCUGUUGUGUUCCCAGGUUAACUAAUCCUGUUUUUACUCCUUUUCCACACUCUAUUUUUGGUGCUUUUGAGAUGGAUAUAACCAUUCUGGAGAGAUGAAAGAGUAAAGAACCACUUAUUAGUACCUGAGUCUUUGUCACAUUCUUCACUGUUAGAAUCUGGAAACCUUGUAUUAUGGUUGGAAUACAGAUUUGCAGCUGGAAUUUGGCGCCAAAUUUAUUUUCCCCUUGUAUCUGCAAAAUAAAAUCAGAAUGGGAAGUUAAGGCUGGUGGUGUUUUACCACUUGUAGCUUUCCAGGGAUGCGCAUUAAGCACUUACAUUAAAGAGGAAUUCUUUGGUGUCAGAAAGCCCCUG